AUGGCUUCCACAACGGCACAGAACACUGCUCGACGGCAAGGCUUCCCGGAGCUCACGCCAGCGAUCACAAAUGCAGAAAAGUUCUUCAGCUUCUUCCAGCAUGCUGUCACAGAUCUUCAAGAGCAGAUGGAAGCUUUGCAAAGCCACGGCACGUCGGGUGGCGAGCGAGCAGACGCCAUCGAACAUUGCCAAGCAAGCAUCACUCGUCUCUCGGAUGCAGUCAAGGAUGCUCAAACGAUGAUACCAGCUUACGAUCAACGAACAUAUGGCGAAGCGAUCAAGGCUCUGUCGACAAAACUCCAAGGUAUCAAGGAGACGCUCGCACCACGACCAAAAUUCGCAUUCAAAUCAGGACUGGCCUUCAGUCAAAAGAAGAACGCUUCAGCAAUCAGUCUAAAUGAUGCAGCAGAGCUCGCCGAGCAAAGACGACGAUGCGUUCCGGGCUAUGUGCCAGCGUCGUCGAACGAGUCGAGUAUAGCCACUACACCAGCACACUUGCGCUCACCCGCCCCAGAAUUGGCAGAUGACCCAGUGCAAAACGAACCGGGCGCAAGCAGAUCGAUACCAGACACAACCCGCAUCCGCCAACCGUCGUUCUCCCAGAGCACAUCAGUGAAGCUUGACAACCACGAGGGCCUACACAUCAUCCUCCCGCCUUCAGCCAGCCACGCCACAAGCUCCGGCACACUCUCGAAUCUUCAUCGCUGCGUAAUAGAUCUCAGCUCACCAACACAACUCGCGCACCCGUUCGCCGGCCUCACCCUGAAGAACAUCUCGAGCUCGCUAAUAAUCUGCGGUCGUGUAAGCGGCGCAAUUCAUCUUACCAAUAUCACAAACUCCGUCAUCGUAGUAGCGAGCAGGCAAUACCGUAUGCACGAAUCCCGGAAUUGCCACAUCUAUCUCCACACGUUUAGUCGGCCGAUCAUCGAAGACUGCAGCGCGAUACACUUCGCUCCGAUACCGGAUAUGUACCUCAGAGACGAGGACAGAGGAGCAGAGAAUCAGUUUGCGAUGGUGGAUGACUUCAAGUGGCUGAGGCAGGAACAGAGUCCGAAUUGGAGUCUACUGAAUAUGCGGCGUAGAGUGAGAGAGGAGGUAUGGAAAGAUGUCGUGAGAGGUGGGCCUGGUUUGGGGGUAGACGACGUACUAAGGGCUGUCAACUUACCUGGGUGA